UGUCCUGUGUGGUGGAUGGGCUGAACAAGCACGAGAACAACACUGACUGUGGUAGAUGGUACAUUUUCAAUUGCCUCAGAAAGUACAUCCAAACGGAGAUUUUCCUGAGAGUACUCCAGUACUAAGAGAAGAAAGUUGUUGAUCCACCUACAAGGAGAGUCCAACACAGACAUCUGGGAGAGUUUGGCCUGUUGGAGCUAAGGGAAGAUUAAGUGCAGACAGAAUCUCCAGAUCUGUGCAAUUCAGAUCUUCAGGGUUUGUUUCAGAUGAGAGCUCCGUUAGUUUGAAGAUGAGCAAUGUGCUACACAGUCGAAGAGUGUUUCACUCCAAAGCAGAAGACAAAAGCAGGACGUGUUUAAGAUAGUGCUUUGGUGUUAAAAGUUGACAUUCUAAAGAGAAGUCUGAGAUCACCCAGAACAAUGCUGGCUGUAUCUCAAACCAUGGUGACGGAGGAAAGCCUCACCUGUCUCCACAUUCAGCUGUAUCAUCCAGACCAGUCCACGCAACCUCUGUUCAGCUUUCUGCGCAUGAAAGAACCUUACAAGAUCAGCGUCGAAGAUCCCAUCAGGCUGGGCCGAGAUGGACAGUCGUGCUCGUUUGUGCUGAAUGACACCCGUGUCUCCCGAAAGCAGCUCUCCAUCCAGGGGUAUCGCAAGGCUGGUAGCCCAAACCUACACUUCACUGUGCAGAACAUGAGCCAGAGAAGCAAGGUUAUGGUAAACGGGUAUGAACUGGGCCAUCUGGAGCGGGCUGAUCUGCAGGAAAAGGCCCUGCUCAGAUUUAGCAAGUAUGAGUUGCUGAUUUGGCAAGAGCCUGGUGAGGCACAGGAGAGAUUUGAAGUUUUGUUUGAAAAGCUGAAUGUUUCCCCGUCAAGGGAAAUGGGUAUAGACGUGCCAUGCAGGAUAGCAGUGAUGGAUACAGGUGUGAGAAACUGUCAGAAUGGACCACCAAUGAUUCCAGAGCCACUGGAAAGUGAUGAGACACUGUAUAUGUAGCAGUCAAGAGAACAUUUUUAGGGAUCCAAAGAUGAGCCGAGGGGUUAUUUUUAGUGCAAGGAUGGUACGAGGCUGCUGAUUUAGCACAUGACAUUUCCUCAUUUCAUUGUGUAUGAGGACAAACAUGUUCACAGUUACAGAGUUUUGGUUCUGUUCUGUCAUUCUUGUCAUGUUUUUUUUUUCUUGCCUGAACUCUAUCUUUUGAUUCUGUUACUUAAAUACUUUUUGUAAAUUGUUGACAAAUAGUUGAACAAUAUUUUGAGUAGCAUUUCUGACUCGUUUACUAUAUUUUUUUGCUAACUGCCACUGAGGCAGAUGUUUAGCUUCUCUCUCUGUAUAAAAUUGUCAUAAACACUUAACUGCACAUUAUUAUUUAUCUAAGACUAUCAUUAAGACUAACUACCAUGCAUUUAUUUAGUAUGUACAUAUAUAGUGUUACACAGGCCAUGGUAAAGUGUACAAUAGCAUACCAUCCUUUUAAAAAAUGUGAAUUAGUUAAAGAAGCAUUAUUAUUAUUAUUAUUAUUAUUAUUAUUAUUAUUAUUAUGAACAUGUCUCUUUUUUAACCAUAAUUCUGUUUUAAACAAAUAAAAACAAUCUUGCAAACUU